AUGCAGUGGAGGAGAUGUUUCUACCUUCUUUCAAAGGGGCUAAUGUGCAUUGCAGCUUUUGCUUUCUCUAUCUCAAUCAAUGUCUGCGAUGGAGGUGAGUUAUCAGAAUCGAAAUUUCUAUUCAAUUUCAUUCGCGCUGUUGAUCCCAAAAAUAUACUGAGGACUGACUCGAAUGACGUUCUGCCACAUCCUUGCUCACAUCGAUGGAAGGGUGUUAAAUGCAAUCUUCAACGCGAGACCAUAGUAGCAAUAAGGCUCGAAAAUUUGAACCUGAGUGGGAUACUUGAUACUGAUUCCCUUUGCAAGCUCCCAAAUUUGAGUGUGCUCAAUUUGGCCAAGAAUCAAAUCCAGGGGAGUAUUCCUGACUCAAUAUUGAACUGCACAAAACUAACAUAUCUAAAUCUAAGCGGCAACCUUUUGAAUGGAAGAGUACCUGCGGCUCUAACAAAGCUGCAUAGUCUCGGGAAAUUGGACAUCUCUAACAAUCAUUUUACCGGAUCAAGUCCAUUAGAAGAAAGUAGUCCCAAAAGAUUACGGAAGAUGGUGGGUGGUGCAUUAGCUCCAGUUUCGAAGAGCAGUUCUGGCAAGGCUGGGUCGAAAGAAGAGAAGAGUAACUUAACAGGGGCAUCAUGGAUACCUCUAAUUAUCGUCUUUGUAUUCUUCUUAAUUUUCACAUAUUAUGUGAAAAUGAGGGCGGAUAAAUUGGCUAAAGAGAAGGAGAUUCUCAAAUCUCUUGCAUACUCUCCUGCAAAAACUCCUCCACCCAAAGAUGUAGAGGAGGUGCAGCCGGAAGAUAGACGCUCAGAGCUUGUUUUCUUUGUUGAGGAGAAGGAAAGAUUUAAAUUGGAAGAUCUCCUUGAAGCUGCAGCUGACUUACAAAGUCAGAGCCUUUGGAGCAGCCUUUACAAAGUAAAAUUUGAGAACAAUGCCACUUUUGCAGUCAAAAGACUGAAGAAAUUGCAGGUGUCUUUCGAGGAGUUUGGGCGAACAAUGAGGAAGAUAGGGAAUUUGAAGCAUCAAAACAUUCUUCCUCUUGUUGGUUACAAUUCUACGAAUGAAGAAAAGCUUCUCAUCUACAAAUAUCAGAAGAAUGGCAGCCUGCUGACCCUGCUAGAGGACUAUGUUGAUGGUAAGAGGGAUUUUCCAUGGAAGCUUCGACUGUCUAUAGCAAUCGGUAUAGCACGGGGUUUGGACUACAUAUAUCAGGGAUUUGAUGAUGAAUUGGAAAUCAUUCCUCAUGGGAAUAUCAAGCUUUCAAACAUCUUGUUAAGUGAAAAUGAGGAACCACUCAUAAGUGAAUACGGUUACUCAAAAUUUCUUGACCCCAAGAGAGCUUCCCUUCUCAACUCCAAUGGCUACACGGCUCCAGAGAAAAGCUUAUCAGAACAAGCCGAUGUCUUCAGCUUCGGAGUGAUUCUCUUGGAACUACUAACUGGAAAACUUGUGGGAAAGAGUGGACUGGACCUUCCUAAAUGGGUGAAGUCCAUGGUAAGGGAGGAAUGGACCGGAGAGGUUUUCGACAAAGAAGUUGCCAUGGUUGGAAUGUAUGCUUUUCCUCUGCUGAAUAUUUCUCUCAAGUGUGUGGCACAUUUUCCUGAGAACCGACCAAGCAUUGCCGAGGUUCUAGAGAAGAUAGAGGAGAUUGUGAAUGCACACGAAGAGCUUUCGCCUACAUCAUCUGUGUCUGAUAUGGAUUCCAAGCAACAAGAUUGUUGUUUUCUGCACUCUGUCGUGCCAGAAACUAGGGAAACUCCUGGAUCAAACCAAUAA